GCCAGCAUUGCAUGAUAAUAUAAAUAUCAUGUCUUUUUUUAUGUUUAACAUUAUUGUUAUACGUUCCUACCUAAUUAUUUAGAGGGCAACAUGCCUCGCUUUAAGACACUGUGCUGCCAGCUGGACAUGUUAAAAUAGAUUUUUAACUUGUCGAUCAGGCCCAUCUUGAAGGACCAUUCAGGCAGGGGGUCUCCCAGUGCUAAGUUCUCAAUAUAAAAGCAUACAAUAAAAAACUGCCAGCUGCGUGUCAGUGUGAUCGACCCAAGUUGUCAGUAAGUGUCCUCCCAGAACAGAGAAAGAGGGGGAUUCCCCAAGAGUCCAGACCCCUUCCUGCUUAUUACAGAACCCGUUUCCUGGUCAGAUUAGAAAAAUCCCCCCAAUUAGUUGAAUAGUUUCACUAAAAGAAGGAGGGUUUGGAACCUGUUGGGCGAUGGGUAUCCCGGUAUGAAAAAUAUAUAAAGAGGAUGAAACCACGGCAGAUACACAGCUCAGUGACAGAACACUGUGAUACACAGCAACCUACUGAACAACACCAUGCUCUCAGCACUCAAGUUUCAGAGAACUCCAAGGCACUUUUCCUGCCUGCGACUUCUACACAAAUCUGCAGUUGAAGUGCAGGAAAGGCCUGCCCCAGAGGAGACAGUCACCAGCAGUUUUGGAGGGUUCAUCCACUCUGUGCACCCGGGCCAGCUGUCAGACACUGUGCUGCACCGCAGUAAGAGGAUGAUCCUGGACAGCAUCGGGGUGGGGCUGCUGGGAAGCACCUCCCACGUCUUCCAGCUGGCUCUGCAGCACUGCCAGCAAAUGUAUGCUCCAGAUUACAUCAGUUCAGUCUUUGGUCGAUGGCACACAAGACUCUCUCCGAGUCUGGCAGCCUUUGUCAAUGGAGUAGCGGUCCAUUCAAUGGACUUCGAUGAUACCUGGCACCCAGCCACUCACCCCUCAGGGGCGGUCCUUCCUGCCCUGCUCGCUAUUGCUCAGAUGUUGCCUGGCAACGCCAAGCCCAGUGGGAUGGACCUCCUGUUAGCCUUCAACGUGGGCAUUGAGAUUCAGGGCCGGCUCAUGAGGUUCUCCAACGAAGCCCAAAACAUCCCCAACAGGUUCCAUCCCCCGACUGUGGUGGGCCCUCUGGGUAGUGCUGCUGCCUGCUCCCGUCUGCUCUCCCUGGAUCGCUUGCAGUGCUCAAACGCCCUGGCGAUUGCUGCCUCCCUAGCAGGGGCUCCCAUGGCCAACGCUGCCACUCAAUCCAAACCUCUUCAUAUCGGGAACGCAGCCCGACUCGGCAUGGAGGCGGCACUGCUGGCUUCCCGGGGCCUGGAGGCCAGCACGCUGAUCCUGGACUCGACCCCAGGCUGCGCUGGCUUUAGUGCCUUCUACAACGACUACCUGCCAAAGGCACUGCCCUCCCCAGAGGAACAGGAUCCCCGCUUCCUGCUGGAGGACCAGGACAUAGCCUUCAAGCGCUUCCCUGCACACCUGGGCAUGCACUGGGUGGCAGACGCAGCAUGCUCAGCGCGGGAGCUUUUGGUCAACACUGUAGGGGGGUUCCACCCCUCUAUGAUCCAGAGCAUCCUACUGAGAAUCCCCCUCUCCAAAUAUAUCAACCGUCCCUUCCCUGAAUCCGAGCACCAGGCCAGACACUCCUUCCAGUUCAACGCCUGCACUGCUCUGCUGGACGGCGAGGUCAGUGUCCAGUCGUUCAGCCCAGCGUUCCUGGACCGCCCCGAGCUGAUCAGCCUCCUGAGCAGAGUACGGGUCGAGCACCCCCAGGACAACCCUGCCAAUUUCAAUAAGAUGUACGCAGAGGUGCUGCUGACCCUCACAACAGGCAAUGUCUUGAAGGGUCGUUGCGACACCUUUUAUGGACACUGGAGGAAGCCACUGAGUCGUGACAGUCUGCUGAAAAAGUUCCGGGCAAAUGCUGGGGCAGUCCUGCCAGGAGAGAGGGUGGAGGCCAUCAUUGAUGCCGUGGAGAACAUAGAAGACAUGCAGGACUGCUCCCACCUCACCAUGCACCUGGAGUGAAGGGCUUCAUGACAUCCUUUGAUGACGUACACUAGAAGAAAACAAUUUGAAGGCACUGGGGAAAAGAUCUUUAUGCCAUUUGUGUUUUGUUUUAUUGUAUUAUUGUUGUUGUUGUUGUUGUUGUUGUUAUAUAAUGCAUAAUUUUAGUGAGUAUUUACCCAAUCAUACUCAAUUGUAAGUAAAGCAGUGGUGUCAUUAUAUGACAGAUAGGGACAGUCACCUUUAAACCACACAGUUUACACAGAUUAUACAAUGUAUAUACUCUCAUUUCUGAUAGCACUGUGAAUCUCACUAAUGCUCUAUUUAUUGAAUUAUUGUUAUUUUAUUUAAUCUUUUACAAAAUUGUAUUGUGUGUAAUUUCACAGUUUUGUAUGGGAAUUGCAUACUGUUGAUUUGUGUAGCAGGUCACUGGUUUGGAAGAUAUCAUCUGUCAAUUCUAUCAAUUAAAUCAUCACCUACAGGAUGACAAUGUGCAUACAAGAUGCAAAAUGUGAAACCAAUGCGAUGCCCCUAGUAUGCAAAUAUAAUACAAAUGAAACAAUUGUGAUUGCUUUGGUGUUUAUUUUAUUUAAUUGAAAAAUAUUCUUAGUUACAAGGUAUAACACAGUACUUUCAUUUUCUACCAGCUUUUAAUCAUUACAAAGAUGUUUCGACUUUAAUAAUUAAUUCAAAACAGUGUAACUCAAAACAGUACCUUGUUCUAAUUGUGAUAUGAAUUGACUAAUAGAAAGUUUUAAUUUGAUUAAUAAUUGUGAAAUGUACAAUCAGUAAUGGUAUUAUGUUCUAGUUAUGUGAUGUGAAUUAAAACGUCUGUUUUCUCAAGUGAAUUGAUUAAAUACAAUUGUGGACCUUGUCU